AAUAUAAGAAAUCGUAUUCAGCGAAAGUAAGUAAUUGCUUCGGAUGUGCUGUUGCCUGGUAGAUCGCAGUGCACCCUGAUCAGUGGUCUACGUGCGAAAGGACGGUAAAUUUGAAGUACCAUAUAAAAACAACAGUCUAAAUUUCUUCGGUCAGUAAUCUUCUUGGAACAAUGAAGAAUUCGCAUGCGCUAGUCUUCUGUCUCUUUGUUGUAGCCGUUCGCGGCUUUCCAAGCAUUCCCGAGAAAAAUGUCGCAGAAGCAAGACUAGCCGUUGAAGACGACGAUAGGAACCUGGUAGAUCUGGACCUGAAUUUUAGAGAUAUUGAAAGUAUUCGUGAGACUCAAAAGGAUCUCGCUAAUAAAGUCAAAUUUUACCUACACACAUUAAAAAAUCCUAAAAACACUCAACAAUUAUGGCUGAAUGACCCCAAGACUCUUUCUCAGAGUAACUUUAAUCCGUCGAAGCCUACCAGAAUUGUGACCCACGGAUGGAUGAAUUCAGCCAAGAGCGAUGCCUGCCGUCUGGUUCGUGAAGCCUAUCUUAAACAUGGCGAAUACAACGUAAUCAUCGUGGACUGGAGUAGGAUCUCGAAAUUGCCGUACGUCUACGCCAGCAAUAGGGUUAAGAUAGUUGGGCAAUACGUAGGAAAGAUGAUCGACUUCCUGGCAUCACGCGGAAUGAAUACAAUCAACACUCUUGUAGUAGGACAUUCAUUAGGAGCACAUGUUGCUGGUAUAGCAGCACGUAACGCUAAAAGCACAGUGGGCUACGUAGUAGCAUUGGAUCCUGCGCUGCCCCUUUUCUCCUCUGCUAAACCUGGCGAUCGUGUCGCAAAGGGCGAUGCUAAAUUCGUUCAAGUAAUUCAUACCAAUGCUGGUGCACUUGGUUACUCAGACCCCAUUGGCGAUGUUGAUUUUUAUCCAAAUGGUGGACGCAAGCAAGCUGGAUGUGUUGUUGAAUGGAUUGCCACCUCCCACUCCAGGUCUUACAGGUUCUUCGCGGAGUCUAUCAACAGCAAAACAGGAUUCGUUGCAACCCAAUGUGAAAGCUACUCAAAAUUCACUUCUGGUGGUUGCCGAGGUAACAAGAAAGAGAUGAUGGGUGGGCCGAAGCCGACCACGACAGCAACAAGAAGCUUCUAUCUUGAUACGAACGGAUCCGCUCCUUAUGCCAAGGGAGGCUAAACUGCCUAAUUAUGAUGAACCGAUAUUCUGAUAAAACAAAUGACUACACGUAAACGACUGAUCCAAUGAUUUUCGAUACCAAUUGUUAUUUGUUAUCAUAAAUAUAAUACGUUAUCGAUUA